AGACCCCUGAGCUGGAGCGUGAGCACCAGGGACUGGCUGGCUCGGGGGUCAGGCAAUGGGACCCACUAACCCCUGUCUCCCCAGAGCCCUCUGAGGUGACCGUGUUCCCCGAAGACCCCGUGGAGCUGGGCGAGCCCAACGUCCUGAUCUGCAUCGCGGACAAGUUCUUCCCGCCUGCACUCAGCGUGACGUGGCUGAAGAACGGGCAGGAGGUGACCGAGGGCGUCUCUGAGACCGACUUCUACCCCCGCCCGGACGACUCCUUCCGCAAGUUCUCCUACCUGCCCUUCCUCCCCAGCCAGGGCGACUUCUACGACUGCCGGGUGGAGCACGGGGGGCUGCCCGAGCCCUUCACAAAGCACUGGGAAGUCCAGGGGCCCACCCCCAUCCCCGAGACCACAGAGACCCUGGUGUGCGCCCUGGGCCUGGCCGUGGGCAUCAUUGGCAUCAUCGCAGGCACCAUCCUCAUCAUCAAGGGCAUGAAGAUGAACGCCGCCCGCAACCCGCGGGGCCCCUUAUAAACGCGGGGAGGAGCCGGGGCCCCUGAAUCCCCCAGGUGCCUUCGUAAGACCCGCUCAUGUCUCCCCCCCAGCUCUGCCCCCUGCGUGCUGGGUCUGCUCCCAUCAGUGCCAGCUGCUGUACCCGGGUGGGAUCCCCCUGGCCCUGUAACCGCACCGAGCCAACCCGCUAGAGACUCACCGGGGAGCUGGACCCUCCGGCUGCCACCGCCUCCACUCUGGGCAGCCCCAACCCCAGCACCCGGCUAAAGGCCCCAUCGUGCCUGUGUGCGGCUCCCCCGGGGUCCAGCCCUGCUGAGCCAAGUGCCUAGCGCGGGGUCUGUGUGGGACGGGCCCAGUCCCUGUA